AUGAAUAUGAAGUAUAUGACACAAAUCCUGCUAGUGAUCUCACUUAUUAUCAUUAAUAUAAAUUACAAUUUGUCUUUGGAUUGUCAUUCAUGCUUAUUAUGUCCAAAUCCUUUCAACCCGUCGUCACCACUAGUACACAAUUACAGUAAUUGUAAAUGGUGUGCAAAACUUGAAGUUCCAGGUUAUUCAAACCCGAUCAGACAAUGUACACCCAGAUUUAAUCUACAUUGCGGUUUCUCCUUAAGCUGCUAUGAAUGCUUAAAUUGUCCAGAUCCAUUCAUGAAUUCAUCUCUAGUGCGAACAAAACAUGGUUGUGUGUGGUGUGCAAAGCUUCUUGUAGGAGACUAUAAAACUCCAAUCAGAGAAUGUACACCUAACUGCACCUUUCAAUUUUGGAGUAAAAAAUACCUAUCACUAUCUUAUUAUUGUUGUCAAACUAAUUAUUGUAAUACGAGUGUAAAGACAUGUAUAAAUCAUCAUAUGUUAACUGUGAUAGUCGUAACACUUACUUGUUUCUUCAGAGUUAAGAUGAAGUGA